AGCAGGCUUCAGGACAGCUGAGCCCCACUAGACACUAAGAAAACCCAUAGCUCUGGUUGCAUCUUUCAACAUGACCAAUCCACAGCCUGCCAUAGAAGGAGGAAUUUCUGAAUUUGAGAUCAUCUCCCAACAAGUAGACGAAGAAACCAAGAGCAUUGCUCCUGUGCAGCUGGUGAACUUUGCCUAUCGGGACUUGCCCCUGGCUGCCGUCGACCUCUCCACGGCGGGCUCGCAGCUCCUGUCAAAUCUGGACGAAGAUUACCAAAGAGAAGGGUCUAACUGGCUGAAGCCGUGCUGUGGGAAGAGAGCAGCCGUGUGGCAGGUAUUUUUGCUCAGUGCAAGUCUCAACAGUUUCCUGGUAGCCUGUGUAAUAUUGGUGGUGAUUCUCCUGACUCUGGAACUUCUAAUAGAUAUAAAGCUUCUCCAGUUUUCCAGCGCAUUCCAGUUUGCUGGCGUCAUUCACUGGAUCAGUCUGGUCAUUCUAUCCGUGUUCUUCUCAGAGACUGUUCUACGGAUUGUGGUACUUGGAAUCUGGGACUACAUCGAAAACAAAAUUGAGGUCUUUGACGGGGCUGUGAUCAUCCUAUCCUUGGCCCCGAUGGUGGCAUCCACCGUGGCCAACGGGCCCAGGAGCCCCUGGGACGCCAUCAGCCUCAUCAUCAUGCUCCGGAUUUGGCGGGUAAAGAGGGUCAUUGAUGCCUAUGUCUUGCCAGUGAAGGUGGAGAUGGAGAUGGUCAUCCAGCAGUACGAGAAGGCCAAGGUCAUCCAAGAUGAGCAGCUGGAGAGGCUGACACAAAUCUGUCAGGAGCAAGGGUUUGAGAUCCGGCAGCUGCGCGCGCACCUGGCGCAGCAGGACCUGGACCUGGCGGCGGAGCGCGAGGCGGCGCUGCAGGCCCCGCACGUGCUCAGCCAGCCGCGCAUCCGCUACAAGGUGGUGGAGGCCGGUACGUGGGACGAGGAGGCCGCGGCCGAGAGCGUCGUGGAGGAGCUGCGGCCCUCGCAAGAAGCUGCGGUCAAAGAUGACAUGAACAGCUACAUCAGUCAGUACUACAAUGGGCCCAGCAGUGACAGCGGUGUCCCAGAACCAGUGUGUGUGGUCACCACGGCUGCCAUAGACAUCCACCAGCCCAACAUCUCCUCAGACCUCUUCUCGGUUGACAUGCCCCUGAAGCUCGGUGGCAAUGGCACCUGCACCAGUGCCACCUCAGAGAGUGCCUCCCGUCCCACCCGCAGCUCUGUCACCCGGGCCCAAAGUGACAGCAGCCAGACGCUGGGCUCCUCCACGGACUGCAGCACCGCCCAUGAGGAGCCAUGCUCUGAGCUCGGCCCCUCUCCCAUGCCACUGCCACCACUGCCCCCGCAGCAGGUGGCGGAGGCCAAGGUCCAGGACCUGCUGUCCUCCCUGUCAGAGGACCCCUGCCCAUCCCAGAGGGCCUUGGACCCAGCCCCUCUCGCCCAGCCCAGCCCAGCGGGCUCAGCCCAAACCAGUCCCGAGCUGGAACACAGGGUAAGUCUGUUCAACCAGAAGAACCAGGAGGGCCUCACUGUCUUUCAGAUCAGGCCUGUCAUCCACUUCCAGCCUGCGGCACCCAUGCUGGAGGAGAAGUUCAGAUCUUUGGAAUCCAAAGAGCCAAAGUUGCACAGAGUCCCUGAGGCCUAG